UGAAGGCGCUGCUGCAGCUGAAGGAGGCGUGGGGCAUUUGGGAGAACAACAGCAACGCCACCACUGCGUGCUCUGCAUGGACCGGCGUCACGUGCACCCCCGAAGGGCUCGUCGUUGCCCUGGAAGUGCAUCCUCCAGCCAGUGGUGCCAUACCUGCCUCCAUCACUACUCUCGCCACUCUGCAGUACCUGGAUCUGACCUACGUUAAUCUGGUGGGACCAAUUCCAUCCCUCGCCAGUCUCACUGGCCUUACCAACCUAGCUAUUGGAAAGCGUGGCUGCAGUCUGACUGGAACUCUGGACGGACUGGCUUGGCUCUCCUCCCUCACCAACCUGCAAGCACUGAGUCUAGAGUACUUGACAGCAUUCACAGGGGACUUGUCCUCCCUGCACAUCCUUUCUCAGCUGAGAAGCCUUCAGCAGCUGAAACUCAGUUCGUUCACCAACGCCACAGGGGAGAUACCCAGAGAGCUCCAGUACAUGACUGCCCUCACUUCACUGGAUCUAGCUCUUCUUCGUGCCGUGGAGUUUCCCAUUUGGGUCACUCAACUCUCCAACCUUCAGUAUCUGAACCUGGAAACGGACGAUCCACACCGGCAAGGACGAUUGCUGAAUGACGACAUGUCACAGCUGACUGCACUCACAAGCAUGUCCCUCAGUGGAAACAACCUGGAAGGAAGGCUACCUUCCCAACAGCUGGGCCAAUCUGGUCAAUCUGCAGGAACUAGAUUUGAGCUACAACCAAUUUCAAGGACCCAUUCCGAUAACAUUCUCGGCUCUAACAAGCCUGACCGUAUUAGACCUUUCGUGGAAUCAACUCUCUGGUUCAAUACCCCCUGCAUUUGCUCCCAGCAUCCAGUCAAU